AUGUCGGCCUCCGUUCAGUCGGCCACGUCUCCCUCCUCGGUGGGCUCGUCGACGGUCCAGGAAAGUUCUGGGAUGACACAGCAGGAUAUCGAACUGCAGAAGAAGCGGGCCAGAGACAGGAAAUCUCAGCAAGCCAUGCGUGAUCGCAACAAGUGGACGAUACAGAACUUAAACGACCAAAUCGCCUACUUAGAUUCUGCAAUGGAAGAGAGGAGCCAAGAUGUCGCCGUGCUUCAAACACGAAUUGGGGUUCUCGAGAGUGAGAACGCACAGCUCAAAGCACAGAAUGCUGCACUGCAGCUGAGCCUGUUGGGACGAAAUGAGAACUCUGGGCCCGGCGAUGACUCCUUCAUCUUUGAAAGACGGCUUUCUGAUAGUCCAUGGGAGCUACCCUCCCGGAAUACUGCGCCGGGUUGCAUUGCGGACCAAGUCUUGCAGGGCUUCGUGGAUUCUGUUCGAUCUGACGGCAUUCUCACAUCGACAUCCUCCUAUACCCUCAAGCCCAAGGUUUCCUCACUGGUGCAACAACAAGGAAGAUCAGAAGAUAAUAUCAGCAACGUCGUCGCGGACGUCGUACGGACGUAUCCCGAGAUAGAGACCCUCCCGAAACAAGUAGCCGUAUUCCAGAACAUGGCACUAUUGUUAAAGUGGAUGGUCCUCCUCGACAAGCAAAGUUGGGAUCUGAUGCCAUCCUGGUUAAGGCCAGUGCCUGCACAGCUCACCACAGCUCAUGCCGCAUGGAUUGAUAGAAUUCCUUGGCCUCGAGUUCGGGAGUAUCUCAUCGCGAAUCCCGACAUCACCCUCGACGACUGGGCAGCCACCUACAGCUCGAGCUUUGAUGUAAGCUGGACCUAUGAGCCUUCAUUGGUUCUUAUUACUGUGGCUACGGAUGGCCCCGGGAUGUCUGAAAUAACUAUCAACCCGGUCUACGAAGAACAUCUACGGCAGCUGAAAAACUGGACGGUGGGCAACCUGUUUCGCCAACGAUUUCCCGAAAUCGCAGACCUCAUAGAUCGGGACACCCUGGAAAGCGGAGUCUGUGGUGAAUUCAAUACUUCAUGA